AUGUUCAAGCUUAUUGCUCUGGUUGUCUGUUUGGCCGUCGCUGCUUCGGCGUACGAAGAUUAUCACAGCCAUCCCAAGUACAAGUUCGAGUACGGAGUCAAGGAUGGUCACACCCACGAUCACAAGAGCGCUUGGGAGCACCGCGAUGGAGAUGUCGUGAAGGGACAGUACACUCUGGAUGAGGCAGAUGGCACCCACCGCGUCGUUGACUACAGCUCGGACCACAAGGGAGGAUUCCAGCCACAUGUGCAGCGUGUCGGACAUGCCCACCACCCGCACGGAGAGAGCUAUGCCAACAUCGAUCAGCACUAUUGA